GAUGGCUCUGUAAUACAUUCGAAUAACAAUACUUUUGAAUAAUACAGUAUAUAAUACCCCCCAACCCAACCCACCGUCUUGCCGUGGUGACAACCACACACAAUGGCUUCUACACAUCCACCAUCCUCAAAGCCUCCUGCUGGCCUCUCCAAACACACCUCAUCUGAUGUAGAAAAGCUCAUAACUACUGAUACGCCUCCUCCAGACGGCGGCACCACCGCAUGGCUCCAAGUCGUCGCCACACUCCUCAUCUCCUCCAUCGCAUGGGGCACGCCCUCCGCCAUUGGCGUCUACCAGCUCUACUACAGCGACACCCUACACCUCGCACAGUCGUCCAUCUCCUGGAUCGGAUCAGUCCAGUUCUUCCUUACAUACAGCACAUGCACCGUCUCCGGCCGCCUCGCAGAUGCAGGCUACAUCCGGUCGACUGUCAUCCUCGGCGCAUUCCUCGUCGUCUUUGGCACCUUCAUGACCAGCCUUGGCUCCGAGUACUGGCACUUUUUGCUCUCACAGGGCGUCUGUGUCGGUAUGGGCCUUGGUAUCAUGUUCAUGCCGCCGCUUGCCGUGGCCAGCUCGUACUUUGACAAGAAGCGGACGCUGGCGCUGACAGUGGGCGCCACGGGCACGGGCAUUGGCGGCGUAGUGUUUCCCGCGAUUAUUCAAUAUCUUGUCCCGCGGGUCGGGUUUGGCUGGGCGGUGCGUGUAUCGGCGUUUGUAGCGCUCGUGGCGACUGGUACGGCGGUGCUGUUGCUGCGACCGAGGCUGGCGCCGCGUAGGACAGGGCCGCUAGUCGAAUGGAGUGCGUUUAAGGAGCCGGCGUAUGCGCUGUAUGCCGUCGGUGCCUUUUUGUUGUACUGGGCGCUAUUCUUUGCCGCAUUCUAUAUUAAUAGCUUUGCGAGGAACGUGAUUGGCUUCUCGACGACAGACUCGGUGCAGCUGCUUCUUAUAUCCAACGGGAUGAGCAUCCCUGCGCGGCCGCUUAUUGGAUUCGUGGCGAAUAGACAUGUCGGUGCUAUGAAUACGUAUAUAGUAGUGACUGUUGCGUUUGGUAUUCUGACACUAGCGUGGAUGGGAGUCAGGGACCGCGUGGGCAUGUAUGUGUUUACAGUGUUCUUUGGGCUAGCCAAUGGGCUUUGCCAGGGCAUGUUUUUGGGGUCACUGGCGAGUUUGACACAGGAUCUGAGCAAGAUGGGCACGCGGAUGGGCAUGGUGCAUACGAUUGUUGCUUUUGCUACAUUGGCAGGGCCGCCGGUAAGUCCUGUGCUAAUGAAUAUGAGGUAAUGAGAUGUUUGCUGACAGGUGAUAGACGGCGGGUGCGAUUAUCGAUGCGUCGGGUGGCAAGUAUCAGAAUGCACAGAUUUGGGCAGGACUGCUGAUUUUGGUGGCGGCCUGCUUUUUUAUUGCGUCGAGAAUCUCCAAGACGGGUAUGAAGCUAAUCUGUGUCGUUUGAUAUAGUGGGUGAUCUGUGUGAUGUGACAAGGCCGGCUGAGAAUAGAGGCUUCAUACCACAUAGUACAUAGACAUGGUGAUACACUAUAG